UGGAUAACGAUUAAACCAACACCCAUCAAUGUUGUCAUCUCUCCCGAUUACCAAACUCAACUCUACAAAGCUCAAAGGUUCAGCCAAAAUGGCUUUGAAAAGUUUCUCCACACUUUCACACAACACCCUAUUCCACAAACUCAUCCACGCUUCUUCGUCUUCCCCAACCUUAAUCCCAAAAUCAACUUCACCUAGCUGCAUUCAUGAUUCCCACAAACAAAUGCCCUGUUUUGGUAAGAGGAAACUCAACCUUACCCUUCUCCUUACACCCUUUCUCUGGAGCGUCUUCCCUAAUGUACUGUUGUCAGCUCAAGAAUUAAUAACGGAGCUUCAGAGAUACACAGAUUCCAAUGAAGGUUUCACUCUUCAAAUACCCUCUUCUUGGACUAAGGUUGAUAAAGCUGGGGCCACAGCGUUGUUUCAAGACCCAAAUAAGGGAAGUAACAACAUUGGUGUUGUGGUGAACCCUGUUCGACUCACAGCUCUUGGAGACUUUGGGACUCCUCAAUUUGUUGUUGAUAAGCUUUUACAAGCUGAAAGACGUAAGGAAAGUACGAAGGAAGCCGAGGUGGUCACAGUUGCAGAAAGAUCGGGGAAGGGAGGUUUGCAAGUUUAUGAAUUUGAAUACAAGAUUGAUAGUACUAGGGGAGGGCUGAAGAGGAUCUUUUCUGCAGCAUUUGUUGCCUCAAAGAAGAUAUAUUUUCUAAAUAUUGUUCACUCUGAUAAUCCAGAGAGCCCUCUUGAUCAACAUAAAAGAAUGAUGUUAGAGCAAGUUCUUCAUUCCUUUGAUUCAACUAGUUAAACUCUUGUAAUUAAAAAAUUUGUUCUUCUGAUUUUCUCCCCUCUAUUGAUUUUUGAUUAUUUAGUUAUUGCUACUGACUUAUGUUCAAAUGCUACUCUUGAAAGUCAUCGUAAACAAGCUGACUAAAAGAUUAAAGUGCAUGUUGAACUAUUUGAACUUGUAAUUAUCAUUACUUCAACACAAAUUUGAGAUGUGCUAUGCAGAAGUCAUAAAUUUCUAUAUGGGGCUUUCGCAAGGCACAGACUUGUAAGA